CCGGAUGUCACACUUUGUAUUUAAGUGAACUAUGUUAGUACUCAUGUCAUUGUCUGUUAAGAAACCGUGAAAGUUAUCACGCAUUCGACAUGGCGACGAACUUCUUGUUGUCCUUCGCUCUUGUGAUUUAUCUUUGUGCAGGAUAUAGCGCAGCAAUAAAAUGUUACGAGUGCAACGGUACCGAUGUUAGCUGCGCGGACACGUUUGACAAAGGCAAACACAAGCUGGCAGAUGGCUGUGCACAAUGCUUAAAGGUCAAAGCAGUUGACAAUAAAGUGAAUGCCGCGGAUCGCAAGUGCCUAGCGGCCAUUGUUGGUGAAUCCAAAUGUCAAAAGGGAUACUUGGGGCUUGACGUGACCGCCUGUUUUUGUAACACAGAUGGAUGCAACGGAGCCUCAUCCGUCUACUUUACCAUGGCAACCAUUAUUGCCCCGCUUCUGAUGUUGACGAAACAUGUCAUUUAACCAGUAUAUGCAUGUAUUGAAGACAGUAUUAUGCAGUGAUCAAAACACAUUUAUACGUGUACAUUUACAUUGGUAUGCAUGCUUUAAUAUACUGCUUGUUGAAAAGGUAUUAACGUUUGUAGAUUUAAAACAAAACUAUGUAGUUUUAUAAUAAGCAUUUGUUUCCUUUUAUCUGAAGUCAAUUAAUGAUGUGAUGUAAAUUAUAUAGUACUUUGUUGCUUAGUCAGUUUGUUGAAACAAUGACAAUGCAUAUGCAACUUUAAAACAAUGUUUCUUGUUUGUCAGAUACUAAGUGUAUUUUAUGGAACAAAAACACGUGAGACAAAUUAUUCAACAUGACAGUCUUAUUAAUGAUUGUAUUUUUGUCAAAGGUAUAAAUAAUAAAGAAAGUAUAUUAUA